AUGAGGGGGCUCGGUCUGAUCAACAAGCUCAUCGCGAUUGGCUGCGUCGCUGGCGUCGUGGCAGGGCAGCGUCUUCAGCAAGCGUUGGAGUCCAUCUUCCAGAGCAACCCCCGCGCAGUUGGGCAGAUUGGGCCUUACCCAGGCAACAAGAUCGCUACGCACAUCCAGCACCUCUUCGGCAUGCUUCGCGACAUCAAGCGCGAGGACUCGCAUGCGACCGAGGGCAUGUCGUACAGCGCUGCGUACCCGAAGUCUGGCGCCAUCAGGAAGGCGUUAGAUCAAGAACCAGGCGACGCCUGCGCUGAUCCCAUCGACGGCGCUGGCGGCGAUGUGAUCACGGAGGUCUUGGAGACUAGCCAGAGGAAGAGGAAACGACAAGCCUUGGCGAUUGCAAAGGAUAAGGCGGCCGACGACACGAGCGACUCCUUCUCGAAAAAGGAAAGGUCCAAGGAGAUUAACCGCAUCCAUUCGAGCAUCUACAAGCCUAUGGUGAAGCACCUACUCUCCAAGGGCCUCUCCGAGACAGCUGCGAAGGAGAAGGCGUCCGCAGCCGCGAAACUCAAGGUGGACCAGUGGAGGGCCACGCACCCUGCGUAG